AUGAUUACUAAAUUGGAAGCAAAAAACCAAAACUUUCUAAAUUUAAGUAACUAAAAAUAGACUGAAGUAUUUUUGAAAACUUAGAAAAAUAAGCAAUCCCUUUUGAAAGUUCAUCUAGAUCUUAAGUGUAUCAACUAUGCUUAAAUGAAGCAAUACUUAACAAAUAGAUCUGAAUUUAUUAAAUUAAAUAUUCCAGCCAAUAUAAAGAAGUAAAAUACAAAGGUAGAUUAACCACAACCACCUUUGUAACCUUAAUAACCAUUAAAUUAAAUAUAGUAGCCACAAUCAUCCAAUUAACAAUAACAAUAAUAAUUUGGUUUUGUUCAAGCCAAUUAAUUAAUGCCCAAGAAGAGAUUUCAACCUCCAACCAAAGUGGGUGACAAAGGCAAUUAAGAACAAUUAGCCUUAAAAAGUGAAAAAUAACAAAACAAAACCAAUUUUGAAGAUAACAUUAUUAAUAAAAUUGAAUCUGACAUCAUUGAAAUCAUGGACAGACCAACCCAAUGGACUGAUAUAGUUGGUUUGGACCAUGUGAGAGAUCAAGUAGUUGAAAUAGCUUUGUGGCCUUUGGAGAAUCCAAAAUUGUUUGAAGGGAUCAUAGCUCCAGGAAGUGGAUUGUUGUUAUUUGGGCCACCAGGAACUGGUAAAACUAUGAUAGGAAAAGCCAUAGCAAGUGAAGGAAAAGCGACUUUCUUUUCAAUUAAAGCUUCCACAUUGACAUCUAAGUAUGUUGGAGAAGGAGAAAAGACUGUGAGAGCUUUAUUUGCAUUAGCCGCUUAAAGAUAACCUAGUGUGAUAUUCUUUGAUGAAAUCGAUUCUCUGUUAUGUGCUAGGUCUGAGAAAGAUAAUGAAACAAGCAGACAGAUUAAAACAGAAUUCAUGGUUCAAUUAGAAGGAGCAACAAGAGGAGGAUGUGAAAGAAUAGUGUUUAUAGGAGCUACAAAUAGACCUUAAGAAUUAGAUGAUGCAAUUAAAAGGAGAUUUUAAAAAAAGAUAUAUAUCCCAUUGCCUAAUUAGGAGGGAAGACAAUCGUAUUUUGAGACCUUAAUCAUUAAAGAAGCAAAGGAGGGGAAGAGAAUUGAAAUGAAUAGUUCAGAAUUGCAAUCUUUGGUAGAAUUGACGAAGGGAUAUUCUGGAGCUGAUAUUAGAAAUUUAAGUAGAGAGGCUUGUAUGUAUGCUAUUAGAGAUGCUGCUAAAAUGUACACAAUCAAAAAUUUGAAAUUGGAUUAAAUCAGAGCAACUACUAUAGAGGAUUUUAAGAGAGCUCUCUAAAUUGUGAAACCAACAGUGAAUCAAAAUGAUUUGAAGGACUAUUUGAAAUGGAAUUAAUAAUUUGGAUCCUAUAAUUAUGAUGCAGAAAGUUUAGAUACUUGA